AUGGGGAGAGGCCAUUCAAACUUGUGCGAGGCACAUUUCCUUGUCCUGCCUGACUACUGUGCUAAGGAUCAAAAUCUUUGUAGGUAAGCGAAAGAGUCGCAAGCUCAUAUUCGGAUGAUUAUAUGGGUUACUAUCACAACCUUCAAUUGAAAUAAUUAGCAUGGAAAAAUUUUUUUUGCUCUUCAUAAGUCUGAGCAGAAAUUACCCGGGAUGAUACCUUCAUUCAAGGUCCAAUUUGAUGUGAAUAUCUGGAAAUUUCUGGGCUUACAUGAUCAGUUAUUAGUUGAAGGUUUUCAUACAAUAAUUCUCUGUGCAACUACUGAUACCAAUUUAUCCCUUCAAGGCAAAUUGUAAAGAGAAGUCAUAAGUGUUUCAGUCAUCAAUUGGGUAAUUAUUCUUAUUUCUUAGGUUUACAUUACAUUACUUCUACCAACUGUGAUUUCUACCAAGGAAACAUGUCUUGGUGUUAUAAAGUCAGGGGACGAAACUACCACUGGGUGAUUGACCUUUACGAGAUGCUGAACCUGCUUGUCAUACCUGCAGUAAUUGAGGCCCUUCAGAAGGCGGCGGUGGAUAGCAUGAAAGAGAUUGAGAAGGGAAAGACAGACCACAGGAAGAAGACACGAAUCCAGAUGAAAGUGGCCCCGGGCUGA